AUGGAUGAAUGGAGUAUAUUGGACGAAGUUGAUGUUAUAGGAAUCUGGCCUUCUGCAGAGAAAGCCAAGAUCACUUCGGCUAAAUGGCUCGAGAGGAAAGAAUCCUUGGAGUCCUUACUUGCUCUGAUAGAGAAAAAUCCCCGACUUGCACCCAAAGCUACCAUUUAUGGAGAAGUCAUGGAUGAUCUGAGAAAGAUCAUAUCAAAAGACAGUAAUAUUAAUGUGGUGAUAAUAGCUCUGAAAGUGCUGGCUGGACUUGCCAAAGGGUUACGACACAACUUUUCUGCCUUCAUAAGCAUGUUAUACAGCUUUGUACUGGACAAAUCCAAAGAUAAAAAACAGACGGUGAGAGAUGCAGUAGGAGAAGCACUGGAUGCUAUGUCAGCCUAUUGUGAUCCUGAUAGACUAAUCAACUAUAUUAACGAGCACAUUACUAAGCCAUCUCCUCAAACAAAAGAAACUAUUUUAGCUUUUCUGUAUAGAUACUUCGUCAUGAUGAAAGGUCCUCCUAUGGCUUUCCUUAAAAGUAUUCUACCAUCAGUAGUCAAGCUGGCCAACGAUAGUGAUCCAGCAGUUCGAGAAUCAGCGUGUGCCUGUCUUGGUUCAGCUAAGAGACUUCUAGGAGAUGCAAUGAGUACUUUUAUCACACCCAUAAAUGGAGAUAAGAAGAAAAUGGACUUGAUUGAUGAAAAUUUGGUGAAAGCAACUGAAGCACGUGCUAAGUUCUUAGAAUCCUCUGGCACGGUUGAGCAAAGCAGCAUCACUGAGACUGAAUCUGGAGAAGUCGUUAAAGAGGAAGAAGGUUCAUCAACUGUACAGAACCUAGGAAUCGAUCCAUGGGAGUUGAAAGAUCCCAUAAACCUCAAUGCCCAAAUAUCUAAAACAUGGAUGGAAGAAAUACAAGAUAGCAAGUGGCAAGUGAGAAAAGAAGCAUUAGAUAAUCUUUUGUUGAAACUCGAACUGGAGCCAAGACUCAUCUCAUCCCCUGAGCUUAAAGAAAUGAUUACGUGUUUAUUGAAGGUGAUAGAGAAAGAUUUGAAUGUUAAUGUGAGUAGCUCUGCUGCUAAAAGCAUGAGACUGAUAGCCCUCGGACUACGGUAUGAGUUCUCACCCUUUGUAUCAAAAACUGUAAAUAUAUCCCUGGACAAGUUGAAAGAUAAGAAAGAAGUUUUGAGGAAGGAGCUCAUUGGACUCACCGAUACCUGCACUUAUAUGGCCUGCUUGUCCAUCUACACGGAGUCGAUCAGUAAUGGACUCAAGAACAAAAAUCCUCAGGCAAGAAGCCAGUCCUGCCAGUUUCUGAGCCGGAUGUUUUGUAAACACGAUCGCAACACUAUGCCUAUCGAGCCUUUGAAAACUAUAACAGCUGAUAUUGAAAAGUGUUGCUCUGAUGGUGACGGUGAGGUCCGUGAGUCGGCGUUCAAAGUGGUCGCAGGAAUUUGGAAAGCGCUUGGAGAACCGAUCACUCUAAGGCUGUUUCCAAGCAUAAGCGAAACAAAACUAAAAGCUGACAAGGUUUCGGCAUUAGUCACUACUUUGACUGAGGAGUAUGGAACGAAAGCUUGCACUGAGUACAUCCGUUUGUUUGGGAACAGCUCUGCUAAACCUAGUGCUAGUAAGCCAAUUCCAUCUCAGUCGGCUCCUAAGCCUUCUAGUGCCUCCAGACCUCAAUCUGCGGCACGUCGUGCACCAGUUCGACCUGCACCAGUGGUACGAACUCAGGCGGCGGCCCCAGCUCCUGUCGUUAGAACGACCACGGUAGCUCCGAAACCAGUAGUGACUACAGCAGCAAGGCAACCUAUUCGUCCUCCCUCUCAAAGCGCUAUAGCGUCUGCAAGAUCUACCCCUGUGAAGCCUUUGAGCAAGCCCAGAGUCGUGCAGGCGAGCUCUGAACGAACGAUCACCCCUAUGAGCCGAUUUUCUCCCGCCACUAAAUCAACCAUUCCAUCCUCUACUGUAAGGAAGCCGAGUCCAUCCACCACAGCUGUCAGACCUACAAGCAGUAGUUCAAGAACGCUGCCCGGAUCAGAAAUAAAAGCUCCAACGGCAACACGUCCAGCUACAGGUAUGCGAAUGCCAUCAGCGUUCUCAACAACUUCGGGAAGCAAUAUUCCGGUGCCUGGCAGAAAGUUUUAA